CCUCGACGCUGAAAUUCUUGCUCGAGCCGACACUGCAUCGCGUACCACUACGCCGUCCAACACACUCCGCCUCUUCUACUCCCAUAGAGAUCGCUCCCUCAUGCCCUUGAGCUCUUGCGCAUCGUUCUUCGUCUGAUACCCGCAACUACGACGAUAGGUGACGAACCGUGCGACGUCACCAUAGCGACGCCGAACUCGCAUUCGUUAUCCGUGCCCUUUCAGACAACACCUACGAACAUGGCGGUCGCAACGCGAUCGAUAAAGCAGGGUGAAAAGGAAGUCUACAGCACAGCGCUCAGAAUUUACAGCUGGACACCUACCACCUUCAUCAAACGUGAAGUCCCACCUGAGAGACGACAAAAGAACCUAUGUGGAGAAUGCAUUGUCGAUCCCUUCGUUAAGGAGCUCUUUCAGAUCGAAGCUUCCGCGCUCAAACUGCUCUCGCAAACAAAGAUCAAAGUGCCCAAACUCAUGGAUAGCGGUCCAGAUGAGAACGGACUUGCUUUCAUCGAGAUGGAACUUUGGGCAGGCAUUCCCGGCUCGCGCGUCAAAGAAGAAUGCCGGAUGCCAGACGGAGGGAAGCACAUCGAUACCGGAGAAUGUACGUUAUGCGAAGAGAAGGCAUGGGCUAAUGCCGAAAGUUACCUCACGAACGUGGUGCUCCCCGAGCUCGCCAAGCUAAGAUCGAAGACGAUGGGCCUCGAUGGAAAAGUCGUCCCACCACCUUGGGUGCGGUAUCAUGACAAUAGGCCGAGCUGGGUUCCGAAGGUUUCCGACACCGACCGAUAUGUCUUCUGUAAUUGGGACAUCGGCGCUCACAACAUGAUGUUUCAGUAUGGGACGUUGGAAGUGAUUGGGGUGUAUGACUGGGAGAAUGCUGGCUAUUACCCACCGGAAUUUCAGUUUGUAAACCGUUCGCGACACGAAUUUGACGCACAAUUCGAGGAUAUCCCCAAAGUUAGACACCUUAUAGCACUCCUCGACACAUGAAGCACUAGCCACUGAAUGCGAUGCGGCCUGGAUGGUUUGCCAAAGUCAAUCACAG